UCGGUCUGCCCAGCGGCGCGUGAACGCCGUGCGAACAUUUCCUCCCAUUGGCAAAGAAACAUGCCACCCAAGAAAAUAACACGAAGCAGUGCAAAAUCAAACAAACACACCGAGGAUGUGGAUGCCCAACAGAAUGUGAACGAGGAGUCUGGUGACUCUAGAACUGGCAAAAGAAAACGUUCAGCAGCAGUUAAGCUGGAUGUGAAGAAAAAUAAAAGUGAUCAAACCUCCAAAGCAUCUUACAGUUAUUGGUUGAUGAAAUCAGAACCCGAGAGUCGAAUUGAAAAUGGAGUGGAUGUGAAGUUUGGAAUUGAGGAUCUGAAAGCCCUGCCCAAUCAAACAGGAUGCUGGGAUGGAGUGAGAAAUUAUCAGGCACGUAACUUCAUGAGAGAUAUGAAGGUGGGCCAGCAGGCUUUCUUUUACCACAGUAACUGUAAAGAGCCGGGUAUCGCUGGUCUCAUGAAGAUUGUAAAGGAGUCUUAUGUGGACCAUACCCAAUUUGAUAAAAAAGAUCCACAUUAUGAUCCGUCCAGCAAACCAGAUAACCCUAAAUGGAGUAUGGUGGAUGUUCAGUUUGAAAGGAUGACUCAGCGGUUCAUCCCUCUCUCUGAGCUGAAGAAUUAUCACUUGCAGCACAAAGUUAAGGGUGGUCCUCUGAAAGAUUUAGCCCUCUUCACCAGAGCUAGACUGUCAGUUCAGCCUCUCACUGCAGCGGAAUUUGACUUUGUCUUGAGUUUAGAGAAUGCAGACCCUGUAUGAAGAUCACCCAUGAACAUCAGUGAAGUCUCCAGUCCUGUUAAAUUUCUCUCAUAAUUGUAUAGUCAUUGGUGUAUUUUGCAUGAUGUAUAUUAUUGUAACCGCCAAAGCACUAAUCAAAAUGUCUAAA